AGCUUUUUCUUUGUUGACCUGUUUCUAUGACGUGGAGAGGAAUGAGGUGUUUUUUCCCUUUCGCAGGUGGCGUUACGGGGUGGAGGCAGUACUAUUGAAGCCUGGCUUGUGUCUCUCUCUAUACGGGGAAAGACGAGAAUUGGUCAGGGAUAUGUGCUGUCAGCGCGAGGCCGUCGGAGAAUAGGCACGAUACGCAGAGAAAAUGGAUAUAUAAACCGGUCAAUGGCACCGCAAAAAUAUCCUCUCCAUUCGCAUCGCACCGCAUCAGCCUUCACUCUCCCAUCGCUUCAAUCCAAUCGUUUUUCCUCGCUCAAGCUCAACCAAACCACCAAGUUCAAAAUUCCCCCGACCUGCGGCACCUGCAAUCCGAUCUCGGGCCAGAACAGCUGCGACAUCACCACCUCGUGCAUCAAUACGGGCACUCGCUUCCACUGCGCCUGCCGCGCCGGCUACAAGGCCUCCAGGAACAACAACGACAUCCGGAAGCAGUUCCGUCUGAACGUCCCCAACUACCAGUUCCUGGUCUUCACCCCCGAGUCCACCGAGUGCAACACCCUCUGCGAUAACCAUAACGGCGCCGGCCCCAACCUCUGCGCUGAGGUGCCUAUCCGCAACCAGUGCCCGGUUUAGAUUUCUGCUUUGGGUGUUGGUGUUGGUUCUGAUUUGGAGCAGCGUUUGGCUCUAGUGGUCGGGUGGUGAAAGGUUUGGGGUUUGUUUAGUAGUUGGU